AUGUCUCCGCUAGCAGAUCCAGAUUCAAUGUUAGCCCAACAACUUCGUCGCUUCACAUACGAAUAUCAUGUACACGGUCAUGGAUCGCAAUGGUCUGCUCCCAACUUUGUUCACUCACUGGUUGAAGAUUUUAUUGAUAUAAAAUGUCAACAUGACGCCAAGAAGAUAUUAUUCGAUGAACCUUUUCAAAUACCCUAUGAAAUAAUAUGGCUACGUUCUUCACUAAAUACUGAGCUAGAAAUAUAUCUUCGCUCUGCAUUUGACUCUCUCGAAAUAUACGAUGAACGUAAAAUGUGUCUUGAUUAUAUUGCAUCAAUUGAUCGAACAAAACUGACUAUUUAUUUGGUUGUGGAACGUGAUGAUGAAGUCUUUGAAUGUCCAAACGUCAAGGCCAUUUACCGUAUAGACUCAUAUAAAAAUAUCAAACGUCUUGUCUUAGAGAUACGCAAUGACGUUCGUAGUGACACGACAAGUCCAAUUCGUCCAAUCGAAAGAUCAAUGCGUCGUCUUAGAGAUUCGUUCGUGUAUCGACUUGUAAAUCAAGCUCUCCGAACGGGUGACCCAGAUCUUAUUCAUCCCUAUCGUUUCUUCAUCAAUGAACUUUACUCGGAGCUUUCAUCUAUUCAUCGUCAGUAUAUCGAUCUGGACGAAGAAGAUUUUAUUGUUUAUCGUGGUCAAGGUUUGACUGAACCUGAACUGAUAUCUCUUCAGAAAAAUGUCGGAGAACUUGUCACAUUUGCAAGUUUUAUUUCUACCACUAUUGAUCAGCAAAUGGCAAGUGGUUAUGCACUAACAGCAGCCAGAAAAAACGUUGUCUCUGCCAUUUUUGAAUUCCAUCUCAAUACAACGUAUGAAAAUACUCGUCCAUACGCAUAUAUUGCUCCUCAAAGCGCAAUCCCAAAUGAAUACGAAGUUCUUGUAUCUGUAGGUACCAUCUUUCAACUCAAAUCUAUAGAUCACGAUAUGGAUACUGGAUUGUGGACUAUAGUUGUCCAUCUUUGUGAACAACAUAAUCAUGAUAUUAAACAUCUGACAUAUACCAAGUCUCGUCAUCGUACAAUAAGAUGCGUAAAAUUUGGAUCUUCGUCAACUGUUGACGAGCCUACUUUCCAUGAAAAUGUUAGAUCAAAUUUACUGUCGACGAAUCGAAAUUCUGACUUUGUUAAAACUACAUCGUUACAGGACGUGGUCAAUAAUCAUUUCGAAAGAAGAUAUUCAACAGGAUUGCGCAGACGUUCAUUACCACUAAGUAUGAGUACAGGUCAGCUCACUCUGCACGAAAUGAACUGGGGAAAAGAUCCAAGCGAUUGCGCUUUUCUAGAAGCUAUGCGAGAAGAACAAAGCGAUUGCGAUUUUUUAGAAGCUAUGCGAGAAGAACCAUUUUCUUCGCCGAAUGAGCCAAAAUCGUUAUUUCAACAGGCACCUUCAACACGAACCUCGAUGCUCAACCUAUCGAAUCACUCGCUGUUUCAAUUUUCAACCACAAAACAAUCGUCAUUACCCAACUUAUCACGUAUUGAGUUGAGCACUAAGCAAGCUAAAUGCAAUAUGCUGAAACUGAAAUUCGAAACAAACCAUUAUAAAAGUAAACAAUCACUGACAGAUCCUCUAUUUGAAGCAACAAUUAUUGAUACAGUAGUAUUUUCUAUGGAACGAACAUUUAAGAAUUUUACAGAUUCGAUGUCCUUAAAAGAGGAAGCGCAACUUAUGAGACGUUAUUUGAAACAUGAUUUCAAUACUAAUCAAGGUCGAUGGUGCGAUGAAUACUAA